AUGCGGCGGCGGGGCCCGUGCUGGCAGUGGUGGCGACGCGGGGGACGGCGGCGGCGGCGGCGGCGAGGCAGCCUCCCAGGGCCCGAUAUCGGGCCCGACGAGCGGGUGGCGCCCGGAGAGGGAUGCUGUGAGGAGGUGGCAGCGGCGGCUCCUUCUGCGCUGCUCCCGCCUCCUCGAACACGCAGAGCCCCGAGGCGGCGGCGGCGGCGGAGCUUGGACCUGGAGAACGUCUUGGCCAACACUCUGCUGCUGAAAGCACGCCUAGGAGGAUAUGGCCAAAAAAAUGGUCGUAGUAGAAAAUGGAGGGAGAUACUGAAGCUACCGCCCAUCAGCCAGUGCAGGGAGCUCAGACUUUCCAUUGAAAAGGAUUAUAACAGUCUUUGUGACAAGCAGCCAAUAGGAAGAGCUCUCUUCAGGCAAUUCUGUGAUACAAAGCCUAUUUUAAAGAGAUGCAUUGAAUUCUUGGAUGCAGUGGCAGAAUAUGAAGUUGCUGAGGAUGAAGACCAAAGUGAUUAUGUACUGUCACUCGUAGACAAUUUCUUCAGUAAAGAGUCGGCAGACCCCUUACCAGACAUAAUUCCAGAUUUUACGAAAGAAUGUAGAUCAAGACUGAAGCAGAACCCUUGCAAAAAAGUCUUUGAGGAAUGCACUAGAGUUGUCCAUAACUAUUUAAAAGGGAAACCAUUUGAAGAAUACCAAGAAAGCUCAUAUUAUUCUCAGUUUUUACAAUGGAAACUGCUGGAAAGGCAACCAGUAACGAAGAACACAUUUAGACAUUACAGAGUUCUAGGAAGAGGAGGAUUUGGAGAGGUUUGUGCCUGUCAAGUACGAGCCACAGGAAAAAUGUAUGCCUGUAAAAAGCUAGAAAAAAAAAGAAUAAAGAAGAGGAAAGGUGAAGCUAUGGCUUUAAAUGAAAAAAGAAUCCUAGAAAAAGUACAUAGUAGAUUUGUAGUUAGUUUAGCCUACACUUAUGAAACCAAAGAUGCCUUGUGCUUGGUACUCACCAUUAUGAAUGGAGGGGAUUUGAAGUUUCACAUUUACAACCUGGGCAAUCCUGGCUUUGAUGAACAGAGAGCUAUUUUCUAUGCUGCAGAGGUGUGUUGUGGCUUGGAAGAUUUACAGAGGGAGAGAAUUGUAUACAGGGACUUAAAGCCUGAGAAUAUUCUCCUCGAUGAUCAUGGACAUAUCCGGAUUUCAGACCUUGGUUUAGCUGUGGAGAUCCCAGAAGGGCAGACGGUUCGAGGAAGAGUUGGAACAGUUGGCUACAUGGCUCCUGAAGUUAUCGAUAAUGAAAACUAUACAUUUAGUCCUGAUUGGUGGGGACUUGGCUGUCUUAUAUAUGAAAUGAUUCAGGGACAUUCUCCAUUCAGAAAAUUCAAAGAGAAAGUCAAACGGGAGGAGGUAGAACGAAGAGUCAAGGAAGAUACUGAGGAGUAUUCCAAGAAGUUUUCAGAGGAGACCAAAUCUAUCUGCAGAAUGUUACUCACCAAGAACCCAAGUGAACGGCUGGGCUGCAAGGGCGAUGGAGCAGCUGGAGUGAAGCAGCACCCUGUGUUUCAAAACAUCAACUUCAGGAGGCUGGAAGCAAACAUGCUGGACCCUCCUUUCUGUCCUGAUCCUAAUACAGUUUACUGCAAGGAUGUCUUGGAUAUUGAGCAGUUCUCCAUGGUGAAAGGAGUCAACCUGGACACCACAGAUGACAACUUCUAUGCUCAAUUUGUUACAGGGUGUGUCCCCAUCCCCUGGCAGAAUGAGAUGAUCGAAUCUGGAUGUUUCAAGGACAUCAGUGAAAGUGGAAAUGAGGAAAAUUUGCUGUUAGAUCUAGAAGACAAAAUAUGUCCCUCGGUUCCCAAACCAAAGAGAGGCUUCUUCUAUAGACUCUUCAGAAUUGGGGGCUGCCUGACCUCUGGUUCCAGGGAGAAGAAAAAGGAGCUUCACUGUGUUGACCUCCGCAACAGGAAUGAACUUGCCCACAGUGUCUCAUCCUAGGAAUUGUAAUAAAUGUUACAGUUUAAAAUGUGA